AUGCCCCCAUUUUGCUGCGGAGGUCGUCGUUGUGCCGCAGAUUUGUCACGUGAACAUCAAAAUGUAUUACAGAAACUGGGCAAAAAGGCCUCCGAUGAACUGCUUACUACCGAUGUUGAUUAUGUUCGUCCAUUGGCCCUGAAGUUCUACGCACGCCAUGAUUGGCCCUACUUCCAUUGCACCAAAGAGGAAAUCUAUAAGAUGCGAGUUCAAUGUGAUCCGAAGUCCUUGGAUAUGGCUGCCAAGCUCUCGCCACCUAGAAAAAGUCUAGAGGGUCCUGCAAAAUAUGUGAUUAAACAUGCCACAGCAACACCAAUUACAACAAAUCAAGUCUAUGGCUGGUAUCAUGAUCGGGCUUUUUAUUAUCCAAAAACGGAUCGCGGCGUAUUCAUAUUUCCACGUCAGGAAGAUCCAUUGAUUAAGCAAAUUUUACGUGAUCGACUGGCCAAUUCGUUGGAUCGUUAG